AUGGCUGCCCAACCGCCGCGCCUUCCCCCUAACAACCUGCUGUUCAGCGGACCUCCUCCAUCUCUACCGCGCGUGGUGUUCUUGCCAAGUGACACCGCUGCAAAUAAUCCCGUAAUAGAAAGCGCAUGUGACGAUGACCUUGACCAGGAAAACGAUGCGGAUGUCCCCGAUGAAAUAAACAACGAGACAGUGACUGUGAAUAGUGAAGAUUACAAUAGAAAAGUUUACAAGUCAUCAGACGAACAACAGUUCUAUACGUUAAAUAUUUUAAGAAGAACUCGAAGUUUUGACGUGUUAGAUAUUUAUACUUGUAGAGAUGAUAGUAUCGUAGAAGCAGAUGUGAGUGGCUUAAAACAUCGUAGGUCUGAACCGGACUUGAAUAAAUAUGGUCUUUUUGUUGAAGCUGAAAUUGAAUGUGAACCGAUACAACCACCUCCGCUCGUUCUAAACAAUCCGUUUUAUGAUGCCUCAUAUGCUUUAAUUGGUGAUGAUGUCAAUGAAAAUAUUGUUAUGUUGCCCGAAAAUUACUUGGCGUUUGAAGACUCGUUUGAUCCCACAUGGAAUUACAAAACAAAUGUUGUGGGUGACCAGGGAUUGUACUAUGACGGCCAACCUCUCAUACCACCCAACGAUCCGUGGUCGAUAUACGGCAACAAUAACAAUAGUUUUCAAUAUUAUACACCCCAAUUCGAAAUACCUACGGAAGAGGGAGUACAGUAUAUGCGCCUCAGUGACUUAGAUUACGCGAUACCACAGUAUAUGAGCCUUCCUUUAGUCGAACAGAAGAUUCAUAGCGAACCGUGCGCGGAUUGUAGUAAUCAAAUGGAGAAAGAGCAGGAAAUUAGGAAAACUAAAGUGGAUGAAGAAUCAGAAAAUAAUGAAAAUGUUUGCAGUGAAUUAGUAACAGAGACUAUUCAACCUUUAACCGCUACUGUAGUAAAUACGUUAAGCCUAGAUAAAACUGGUAGUGUAGACUCUUUACCGAAUAGAGAAUCCUCAUGUAGUGAAUCCUUUAAUGCGGAUAUAUCUAUUGAUGUGACGUCCAGUUUAGCCUUCGUCCCUAGUAGUAAAAGCUCCCAACGUUCUCAAGGAACUGACAAUACUAGUGAUAACACGUCACCAUGCUCCACUGAUUACCACGAAGCCUCCGCCCUCGAUAUCGCUCAAAGCUUAGAUGAACUAUCAUGUUCAGGCAGCACAGACUUUUCACAGAGUCGAGAGGAAGUGUCUCCUAUACCGGAGGAUCAAACAAGUAGUAGUAAACAACAAAGCAGUGUACAUAGUAAUAAUAACAACGGACCCAACAACGUUGAAACAAAUAAGCCGUUGGCCAGUUUACCACUAUGUAAACUACCUUCCAUUCCAUUACACGAGCAAAUACCACCAAAGCUCCCCCCUCAGAGAAAUAAUGUGAUGUGUAAUAAUAAAAAUGUACAUAAUAAUACAUAUACAAAUACAGACGAUAGUGUUGUCCAGUGUGAAUCGAUACCUCAUAGUGAUAAAACAACUAAAGAUGAUAAUGUCAAACAUGCUGCAAAAACAACUGCUGCUAACACAGUUAAUGUAAGCGACUCAUCAAAAUGUAUGAGAGCGGCACCUCAACCGCCGUCUGUGCCGCCGGCGUGGUUGACAAAAAGUACAACAGGUGGAAAUAAACAGAAAGUUAGCAAAGACGUGCCUCAAAUACUUAUCAAUAAUGUAGAUGAGACCAAACAUGAUAAGAGUAGCACGUCCAUACAAGUGACAACUAAGUCGACUGAUCCUGUAGAACCUCAACCAUCGUGUUCAUAUGCACCGCCCGUACCUCCACCUCCAGCCCAGCUGAAGCCCAAAGAUGUAGAGAACGUUCGUCACCACGUGCCGCUGCGUCUGUCCUCGUUCUACGACCUGUAUAAGAGAUUCCUUAAGGAUCACGGUUGCAAGUGGCACGAUGUCGCUAAACUUUUAUCUGUACUCGCGGAUUUACUGUUUGAUGUGGACGGUGCAUGUAGUAAGAUAGCGAGCAAGAUAUUGUGA